GCACGUCUCACAAUGGGAGGGAAGCGACAUAUAUGCACAUCGCACAUGACAAGCUCAGUCUAUGACUUCUUCUUAAGGGCGUGCUGAUACAUUUCAGCCAGGUCCUGUCUCCCAACUUCCUUCAACGCAUUCGCCAACGACGCGCCAGCCCUCAACUGCACCAAAUAUGGACAUGGUGUCCUAUGUGCAUUACAUAUGUCUCCGGUAAGUGCAUCGCACCUCUUCUUGAGUAAACCUCCUGGCGCUCUUGCUCUUGGUCAUCCUUGCCAGCUGUUCCUGGCCCCAGCUGCUGUCUCUCCUCUGCUGCUUGUGUGCACCGCUGGCUGGGCUGCUGGAGCUCAGCAACGCACCCUGCUUCUUGAACGCUUGAGGGGAGGCCGGUAUGCGGAUGCGGGAAGGGCUGACGGCGGUGGGCACGGCGAAGUCCGCAUCCGACAGGAUGACAUUGGCAGGCGGCGAACGGCUUCUUGUCUUUGACGAGGGACCGUGUUUGGCUUUGCCCUUAUGUUUAGGAGGGGAUAGGCUAAUUGAGGUCCGAGUAAGCAGGGCGGCUUCAGGGGGCACUUCCGUGGCCGCUCGGGAUGAGGGACGGGUGACUCCCUCCUCUGUCAGCUCCUUGGCCAUCUGCACCUUCCGCUUGUCCUCCUUGUCGCGCUGUUUGACGUCAAGAGGAAACUUCCAGUGAGCGACAAUCCCUGAGACGCACACAUUAUAUGCACAGCGUGUCAUGUCUCUCCUGUCUCCCUCCCUCUCUCGGCUGACCUUGCCUGAGCGACCCAAGGUAGGUGCCGUCCUUUAUCGACCACAUGUGCACUGCCAGGUCCUUGCCGCCUCCCACGGACAGCAGACAGGGCAUCGCCGUCGAGUUGCACGCGUGCAGCUUGGCCACUCCUCCCGUGUGAGCCUUGCCCUUCCACCACACGAAGUUGACCUCAGGCCUGGUGCGCAGCAGGUCUUUGAGCGACGGCAAGGCAGCCGAGAAGAUUGAUGCGGCACGGAUGACCUUUGUCAGCGUGUUUAGGAAGCGCAGAUUAGUCACGGGCAGCCCUAUGGAUGUGGCGAUGACAUCGAGCGACGGCAGCUCAUGGUCUUCUGUGUCUCGCUCGUCCUCACUCCCCUCCAUUGUGAGCAUGGUGUCCUUCCUCUCGGGCACCGUAGAUAGGGGCGGCAGAGCGGCAAGGGAGCCGCGCAUCGGUGUACCGGAUGUAGGGGAUGGUGCUGUGGGGGAGGUGGUCUCGAACAUGGUGUUGAUGUUCUCCAUGAAUCGCGAUAGCCUGCGGCUGCGUGCGGUGCUGAUGCUGGCGAACGAGGCAACACGGAGACCUGAGCGAUGCCGAAGCAAGAAAUGGUCAUGACUUCUGAGGUGCGUGAGUCAGCUGUCCUCACGCCUGGUAGCGCUGGGAAGGACGGGCGAUGCUUGUUCGUCUUCAUCAGGUGCUUUUGUCUGGACCUUCUUUUCCCCGGAAUGUGCCGUGGGCCGGAUGCCCCUGGCCGCCAUUUCCUUCUGAUACAGAGGAGACGCUAGCUUUCGAGCCUGACAGAAAUGAGAGGCAACAGAGACACGCUCAUUGACCGUCGUCAUGAUUUGUGAGUGUAAGUACCUUGUAUGCGAUUGCCGUGAUAUCCCAAGAACCGAUGCCGCCCCCCUCACAGCCCACAAACACGCGCCACUCCUUGGGCGAAAUCUCCAGCACCUCCAAACACUGCACGCCAACCACCGGGUCACCCUUGCGAGCACCGACAUGGACGGGGGUGAUCGACUCCCGCUGCUUCGGCACUCUUAUGGGUAUGUCUCCCUCCCACUGGAUGCUCGUACGGCUCCUUCGCGACGCACUGCCCGAUGCAGGCACAUCACCGCCACCCGAAUUCCUCUUCGUGUCUGUCUCCGCUGUCGCCACGACGGCCACAUGCCCCGCCACACGGGCGCUGACACUCCGUUUAUCCUUCUUCUGGGUCCCUUUGACCUCAUCCCCAUUCCAACCAGGAGGAGCCGACUUUGGAGGGGCCGUCGGCGCACAGACGGCUGGCGGCUCUGGCGGCUCGAUCUCUAUGGUUGGCGCGAAGGAGAUCGACCCGUGUGGCCUGCUCCUCUUGCCGCUAGCCUUGAGUGACGACAUGCUGGGACGCGACAGAGGCGUGGGCAUCGCCGGUCCGAUCGGCGAGGACGCCACGGGUGUCUGAAGGAAGGGACGUGGCCGGGAAGGAGUCCUGCUCGGCGUGAGCAUUGAUGGUGUCUGUGGCGUCGUCCGUUUGUCAGUGGAUGGCGCGAGCGAUUUGGGGCUGUCCUCGAUGGCCACGUCUAUGGCAAAGGGGCGCGCUGGGGGCUCUGGCGGGGCUGUGGAUGGGGUGGUGAGGUAUGCACAGUGAAAGGUGUCGUAUUUGGGGAGAGGCUUGAGGCCGUGGAACGUGAGUUUGGCCUUCUCAUCAAUGGUCAGAAAGAGGGGGGCGUUGCGCAGGAAGCAGCACGCGACGAGAUUCUGAGCAAGCAGUGGAAUUUCAGGCUCUGUGCUGUGGGACCUUCCGUAUCUACCAACUUACGGCAGGAAGCUCGGGUUCAUCUUGUUUCUGUUCGGUAGUAGCCUCGAGCUGUGCGGUGUCUGUCUUGUACCAAUGAAUGCUCCCUCCUCCGCCAACCACGGCGAGCAGAUGAUGACUCGCCAGCACAUCCACACCCACAACGUCCACCACAGACAGCGUCAUGCGACGAAGCGUCUGGACGCGCCGGCCUGCAAAAGACGGGACGCUCCUGUAAGGGAAGAUCAACGCAGUUGCCUCCCCUACCGUCAGGAAGCUCCUCGUGUAUUUGGAAGCAGCCCUCAUUGGCGGAGAAGGAGACAAGGUGCUCGCCUGACCACUGAGGCACAGCAGAUGGAUGACACAGGUCGCAACCGACUGACAAUGACUUGAGGAAGCGUGUCUCCAUCAUCACCUUGGCCACUGUUAUUUCCGACGGGUGUGAGUGGAGCGUCUUGAGUCGAUAGCCUGCACAAGGGGUGAAUGGACAAGACGGUCGCUUGGCGUCAUGGCAUUCCUUCACCGGAUGAGAGUGAGUGGAUUGAGAGGCGGCCUUGCUCAUCGCCAAUGACACACUUCCUCUCAGUCGGAUCCACGCUAAAUGCCGUAAUGGACGACGGCGUCAGAUCUGAAAAGGUAGAAGGAGAGGGUCAAGCACUGUCGACCAUGUCUCUCUGGCACUACCCUCAAGCACUCCUUCAAUGUUGCCAUCCAGGGCACUCCACACCGUCACUGAUCUGCCCACGGGCGUCGCGAUCUUCGCAGACAGGCCAACACACAUGCACACGCACUUAUGCUCCGUCGGAAAUGUCUCUCUUUCGAGUGUACGUCCCGCGGGUCACCUGUAGCGUUCGUUUGAAGAGUACUGCAGUGAGUGCUGGUUUAUCCGCCACCACCUUCGGCUCCGUUGACUCGCGGUGCAGGAAGGCCGUGAAGCGACCGCACACUGCAAUGGUGUUCCUUCAUCAAAAAACAACGACACACAAGAUAAUAGACAGGCAGGUCACAGCAAUGGCAACGUCUCACCUGCUGACCGCAGUGAGUUCGUGCGCCUUCAGCGGCUCGUCAUCGAGUAGCUCGCUGGAAGCCUUGAGUGUCUGCACACAUGACAUGCGACGCAGGUCCCAAAUCUGCACAGACAAUUCAUAAGAAGAAAGAGACAUGUCUGUGGGCAUCGUCUGCCUGUCUGAUUGGUGACCUUGAUGUUGCCGCUGACAUCCAGAGACAUGGUUUCCCAGCUGUCGGGUAUUCGCUGCAGACUCAGUAUAGACGACAAAUGUCCCGUCAGAGUCGAUGUACCGCAACCUGUGGACACACACACACACCCAGAGAAUAGCACCACACGUGUGUGUGGUCAGACUGCCGUGGUGGAUAGUUAGGACGUACCGCUGGCAGGGUCCCAUGUGUGAAUGGUAUGGUCAAAUCCAGCAGACAGCAGCAGCCUCAGCUCAGGAUAGAACAGCAGAGACGAUAUGCCCUUAGUGUGGCCAUACAGCCGGUGCUGCUCGCGGCCAUGGAUUGUGUCCCACAACACUAUCUGCCGACACACAUGCAAUCAGCCUGCAUCAUGCCUGCUGCGUCGAAGAGAGCGCAUUGGAUGGAUCAUUACCGUGCUGUCCAUGGACGCAGAGGCGAGCAUCUCGAAGGAGGGCAUCCAGCAGAGAGCCAACACGGGCUGAGAGUGUCCCUUGUCGAUGUCACACGUCAGCUUGAAGCAAUCGUUCAGGUCGGUCACGUCACGAAUACUGACACACACGAGACAUGACGGUGAUGAGUGUGUCGCGGCAGAGUCUGUCCGUGUUUUCAUUCUUCACCCGUUGGGGUCUGGAAAGCUCCAUCCCAUGAUUCUCCCACUGGUGGAAAAGGGAUCGGCGCCGAACAAUCGAUGAUGCUGAAAACAAAGGAGCGGCGUCCGGGCAGGAGGGGAGGGAAAUGACAGGACGUCUUCGUUCCUUCUCACUCACCUGUGCGUCAUACUGCAUGCACGACACAGUCACAGGCUUCAUUACCGCCCCACCGCCCCCAGCCAAGGACACGGACGGCAUCUUGGCCAGAGUGGGGGGCCGCUUCAGUUGCCGCUCGCCACCAUCUUCCUCCCGCGACACGUGCCUGCUGCUGCUGCCCUUCAGCCUCUGAGAAUUGUAGCUCGACAGAGACGCGUUGAAGGGCGAUGCCGAUCCAAUGAUAAUCAUCGACGUGGUCGACUGUGAUGGCGAAGGAGGCACUUUUGGGGUCCACUUACGGACGAGCGAAGCUGUGUUGUCCCAUAUGAUAAUCUGCUUGUCGCAGGCGGAGGUGAGCAGCCACUGGUGAGGCGACGGCAUGUACACCGCUGACAGGAGGUCACGGGUGUGACCCUUGAGACACUUCAGCCGCUCGCCUGUCUUCGGAUGCAACAGCUGACAUAGACAAAACACUGUGACCCAUACAGAAACGAAUUGUCUCCCUUUUUGCUAACCCUGGCCGUCGGUUCCUCUUCCUCGAACUGCAGUAGUCUGUCCAGCUGAGGAAUGUACAUGAUCUGAUGGAAAUGAGUGUGCAGCUCCUCAGGCCGAUAGUGGUACUGAGCCUUGACGGGCAGCCUCGUAAAGGGCCGGCUCUCCACUCCCGUCAUAGUCGCCAUGGCAUCCUUCUCCUCCCAGCUGAUGCCACCCGCGCCCUCUUUCGCCAGCCCUUCGGCCGGCAGACUCGGGCCACUGCCCUUCUGGUCUGCCUUGGGCACAUCCAGGUGCAGGGUGGACGCUGUCUGCAGUGACUUUUGCAAGUGCUGUUUGCGGAGCAGGUCGGAGAUGCAUAUGAAGUGCUGGGUGAGGUGGCUCCAGGUGAUUUCGCCUCUGCUCUCCACAUCGAGGUCGUCGAACAUCACAGCUGGCACACAGACAGGGAGACAUGGAGAGGGGGUGGAGGGCAGGUGAGCGAAGCGGUGUCCUCUUUGCGGACCUGCGGCGUACCAUCGGAGGUGUUCUCGCUCCUCUUCGUCCAGAUCGGCACACACACGACUCUUGGGUGGCGCCAUGUACGGCUACAAGAGAGAAAGAAAACCAGCCGGCCCGGAGAUUCACAUCCACUGCCUUCAAGCAUGCGCACCCACCAUGACGAUGUCGAUGAACGAGGCCAUAUCCACCUGGUCAAAGUGCUCCAGGAACUGACGCUGCAGCUUGCUCAAAUACCGACCAGACAGCACCUGCAACAAGCAAGACACACACAGCCGUUUCCGCAUUGUUACUCACUCACUGCAUGAUCUGAUCACCUGCAGGAACUCCCACUGCGUCAUGCGCACUCGCCGACGAAACCGUGCAUACUUGUUCGGCUGUUUGUUGCACAGCCUCUUGAGGUAGGUGCGCACGCGUAGGCGGAGCCUCAGCUUGAGAGUCAUGAGCUGAAGCUCAUUCAGAUGGGGCGCUGGCGGCAUUGCUCCUCGCUGGGCAGUCGGCGGCGCGGUUCUAGAGGGCAACACCAGGUUGCGGGGCUCCACUUCAGCCUCUCCUUGUAGCAAUGUCUUCCACAUGAUUGAGCCUUCAGCUUAAAGCGGACCCCGGAUUCUGGCACUGCAAACUUCGAUUCGUAGUGCCGUUCUAUGCGCGUUCCUCUGCCGCUUUCAACUUGAAGUUGC